GUGCUCGGAGUUUUGGAAAUAGAGGAGGAGGUUGAGCCUUACUGAUCCGGGGUUUACGGGUCUUGGGGCAGCAUCAGUUUGUAAAGUUUGUAUCGGUUGUUUCCUGGACUCCAUAAUCUGUCAUCUGACCCGGUUUGUUUACAUUUAGUGGCCCGGACGUGUAUGCGCUUUAUCAGUCCCUCGCGGUUCGACAAGCUCCAGCUUCUCUGGCUGGCGUUCAGAGACUAAUUUCUGUGAAUAUAAUGUUACCCAGCCAAGUCGGAUCGGCACCAUCUGGAAACGGGUCCGCAUCGGGCAGGGUUGCUACGGGACACGGACCGGGGAUUCGUCCCGUUUUGGUCCGAGCGGGUCAAGCCUUACCGGGGGCCGGUGAGAGCGGCGGAACUGCUGGGCGACAGGCGGAGAGGGAGGCUGCCGGGAUGCUGGGGGCAAACGGACCAGGGGGUUCCAGAGGGGUGAAACCGGGGAACGGGGCUGGGUUAAUCCCCCUGCAGCAAGCCGUCCAGGGAGGCAUUGUGGGGUUAAACACCGGGGUGUUGCUGCCCCAUGGAGCCCGCUUCGAACCGGACCGGGACAAUGCUCCUAUAUGCAGCGGCUCGGAUAAUGAUUCUGACUCCGGAGACGAGGAUGACCCAGUGGGUUCACUUGGGGACAGCAGGAGAGGGGUGAAGCGGGAGAGGGGGGAGAUGGAAGGGGCGGCGGCGGCGGGGCAAGAGCUGGGAGUACCCCCUGGAGGGUACGGCAUGGUGACCGGAGGAGUUGCCGGGGCAAAGCCGGGGAAGAAAACACGUGGGCGGGUAAAAAUAAAGAUGGAAUUUAUCGAUAAUAAGUUGAGACGCUACACCACGUUCAGCAAGAGGAAGACGGGCAUUAUGAAAAAGGCCUAUGAACUCUCCACCCUGACGGGAACCCAGGUUUUGCUGUUGGUGGCCAGCGAAACGGGUCACGUCUACACUUUCGCAACCCGGAAACUCCAGCCCAUGAUCACGAGUGAAACGGGCAAAGCCCUGAUCCAGACAUGCCUUAACUCGCCGGACUCGCCGCCGCGCUCCGACCCCUCCAUGGACCAGCGCAUGAGCGCUACAGGCUUCGAGGAGACGGAUCUCACCUACCAGGUGUCUGAGUCGGAGAGCAUGGGUGACACGAAGGACACGUUGAAGCCAACGUUCACCAUAGCCAGUCUACCAGGCACAACGAGCAGCUCCCAGUCCACGGUACCCACCACCUCCACCACCAUGCAGGUGAGCACCGGAGCUUCAUUUCCAAUCACCAACUACCUGGCCCCCGUCUCGACCAGCAGCAACAUCAGCGCGAAUGGAACCGUCCUCAAGACGGCUGGCGCUUCCACGGGAGUCAUGCAGCUUCCCGGUGGCUUCACCUUCAUGCCCGCAGGCACUCCUCUCCCCCCCAGCACCCCCACCAUUCCUCUGAGCCAGCUGCAGCAGCACUUUCUGGCCCUCCAGGGGCAGCAUGGUCAGACCCCGGCCUCGGCCCCGCAGCCACAGCAGGGACAGCAGGCUGUCCUCCGCUUCCCUGCUGCUGUCUCCCUCACAGGAGCAGGGGUUCCUCAGCAGCUCCAGGCCAUCCAGGUCCAUCCCAACACGCAGCCCACCUCCAACAGCGACAGCAGCCCCGAGAUCUCUCACACCCCCACAAACUCCACCGCAACGGUGAGUCUCCCUGCCACCAUCGUCACUUCGUCAGUGCAAACGUCUGUGCCAGGUCACAUGAUGUACCCCAGCCCUCACACAUUGAUGUACGCCUCCACGCCAGCACUGGCCGACGGAGGGCUGGCCGUGCUCAAUGCCUUCUCCCAGGGAACCUCGGCCAUGCAGGUGUCCCAUGCGCAGAGCCAAGACUCAGGUGCUGUCUCUCAGGUGUUCCUCACAGCACCUCCUGGCACGGUGCAGAUCCCUGUCUCAGCAGUGCAGCUACACCCAGUACGGCAAGAUCUGCAUUUCACAAAUGUUGAUUGGCCAGCAGUCGAGCGGCAGCAGCAGUAACCUGACGGAGCUCCAGGUGGUCAAUCUGGAUGCAGCACAGAGCUCGAAGGGCGACUGAAAGAGUGCUGGAGCUGUUUAACACGGCAGACCCAGGGACACCCACUCACACACAUCUCUAUUUAUUGAUGCCUUCCUAUGAAAUUUACCAUCACUCUUCUGAAUGUGAUUUAUCAGUACACACACACACAUAUAUAUAUAUAUAUAUAUAUAUAUAUGACACAAUGAAGGGCAUUUGUGUGGCAGGCCCUUAAAUAGUAUGAAGUAUGUUUUUGGUAUAUAAAUAUAUAUAUAUUUGCAAAUACAUAUUGGAUAUAUCACUAUAUUAUAAUUUGGAUCCUUUUUUCUAUGCUGUUAGAUGGUGUUAUUUUUAGUGUGAGCUUUGUUUCCUUCUGACAAAAUGUAAGUACACACACAGACUGCGAGGUGCCACCAGCUUCACACCAGCCAAAGAGACAUUUGUUUGUCUGAAUGUUCCUGUGUGAGCCAUCCGUGCACAAGCACGUGCCUGUGUGUACACACACCUGGGGUUUUGUAAAACGGGGCAGGGAGUUACUUCCUGGCUUAAAAGAAACAAACAAAAAAACAUUUGGAAAUGUAAAUAGUUUUUAAAACAAAAUGUAAUGGCAUGUAAUACUUUUGUUUUUUACGUAGUGGAUUUUGUAUGUACAUGAAAAUGAUCUGCAGAGAAAUUGAAUUUACAUGGACGUGUAAAUUAAUUUAAUGCACCAUCGUUCACUACAAGAUGGGGAAAGAAAGCUGAUAUCUAUGACUUUCUAUGCUAUUUUGACAUUUGCAGGAGUUUCCAGAUCAUGUAACUUUGUCACUGAAGGUAUAACCCUUUAUAAUUCACUGCAGUUAUGUUCUUUACUUUAGUAAAGAUUCCAGCUCUGUCAUUGUCUGGAAAACUUAGGCUUGACUUUGACAAUCGGAUACAACCAUUUACCAUCAAAGCGUUUGUUUAAUGUUCAUAAACAGACGUACAUUCUUGGUAAAAAUGUGUAAAAAGCCUUCAAAUAAUCUUUUAGUGCUGUUACAUCAUCUAGCAGUCAAAAAUAUUAGAAAAAUCCUACAUUUGCAGUCUCAGAUGAUGUUGAAGACUGAUUUGGCCUCAUGUUGUGAAUCAUUGGGCAGAAUGACCCAACUGUGAACUUGGAAGUGGAGAUUGUUUUACCUUCCUUCCUUCCUUCUGGCUGUACGGGAGAUAAACUUGCCUCCACAUCGAGCUGUUCGUAUCGUUUCCAAUAGUUUUUAAUUAUUGCUCUGGCUUUGAUUUCUGCAAAUUUGGGCAACUAUUUUACUUGAUGUCACUCCCUCCCAUUGAUGUAAGACUCAAGUGUUUUGUCUUUCCCAUUUGAAAGAGUAGUUAAAAGAAAUGCGUCUAGUCUCGUCGUAUUUAUACCUCAGAAAAACAAAGUCAUGGAUAAGAAAAACUUCCUGGACACUGAUCAACUUAAAGGAAAGCAAAAAACUAUUCAGUAACAUUGUUUUGGGUUGCUUGCACUUGGUUUUGUUAAAUAUCUAAAAUAUUUAUUUGCCUAUACAAGUUCUCCCAUUAAAAGCUGGAUUUUUCAAAAUUUUUCAGUGGGAUUUUGAUGUUCCAAUACAAAACUAGUUUAUUGUAAGGCUUUCUGCUGAUCUUUUUGUAACUAAAACAGACUAAGUAGUUCAAUUUCCAAAUGCUACUUAAGUUGCCUGGAUCCAUCUCUGGGUAAAUAAGUUUUAAGUCAGCAGCACAGAUAAUGGUUUUCUUUGUGAGAAUAAGGAUCUGAUUAUUAGGGAUUGUGGCAUUAGGUGCUUUAAAUGUUAAAGAACAAUUGUAUGACCCUAACUAACUCGGUCCGAGUUGCAAGGAUAGACUGAGGUCCUCUUUCUGCACCAUAGUGCCUCGAAUCCAAAGGCAGAUUUUGUAAGCAAUGCAAGGCUGUAGGAACGUAGGAUAUUUCUCUCACAUGGCUUUGGACCUGUUGCCCUGUUUUCUGCUACACCCUGAGAGGGAAAUUGCUUAUUUUUGACUCGUUUCCCUAGAACUGGUGGGAUGACUGAACAAGACCCAGGGAACCUGGCUGUCGAUCAUGUCACCCUGCAGUCUGUUAGCCGAGGAAAGCUACACGUUACAGACAUUCACUUCUAUACCCUGGCACUCAUUAGGAAAUGUUUAUUUUUAAACAGUUGAACAGAGUUUGUGAUUCUCACCUUGAUGAAAGAAAUGAUUGUGUAUUUUUGUUGUACAGACAUUUUGUAAUAAAACAAGAGGAAAUGCAAACUGUUCAGAAAAUGGUUGCAUCUGCUGAGAGAUGAA